UUACCGUGGCUCAGUCUCCCCAUCUGCACUCUGGUGAGAAACCUUCUGCCCCAGCUACCUUGCCAGAAGACAGGGCUUCACAAAUUGAGGUCUGGGGAAUAUGAAGUUGUGAACUGAUAGGAGGGGGAAUUUCUGCCCACCUUGUGUCUUUGCCAGGUUAGGCACAAGCAGGAAGUGCAAGCCUAAAGCCUGGGUUGCCUACACAGGCACUGACCCACUGACCCUGCCAUGCCCGCACCACUGCUCCCGCUGCUGUUGCGAGUGCUGCUGUCUCGUCUGCUGCUGCCUGCUGCCCGCCUAGCCCGCCAGUACCUCCUGCCCCUGCUGCGCCGAUUGGCCCAUCGCCUGGACUCCCAGGACAUGCGAGAGGCUUUGCUGGGUUGUCUGCUGUUCAUUCUCAGCCAGAGACACCCGCCGGACGCUGGGGAGGCCUCCAGAGUGGACGGCUUGGAGAGGAAAGAGAGGGCCAGGGGAAGAUAGUGAGGAAUACAGGGCCCUUUCGGGACCUCUGUGUCCUCCCCACAUCCGCCAGAAGCCAGAGUUCGGCUAAGAAGUGAGACCAGAGCUCUGCACCCCCAUCUCAGCCCUGCGUGACUUUC